GCGACUACAUGUAUCUUUGGCGCUGAGAUAUGAAGCCCUGACCAAUCAUUUUAUUCAACCUCGCCAACUUGCAUAUCAGCUUCCAACAGUUAAAAGCAGCGGCGCAUCGAGGCUGAAACCAGUCUUUUCCAUUGCUAAUAACUUCUACUCUGCCAUCUUUUAUUUAUUCAUUGUUUUUAAGAUAUAUGUUACUUCAAUUCAAUUUAUACAGAGAACAUGGAUUGGUCAAAAGAGUCAGUGGGUAUAAGCGACGUGAAUCUGAGGAAUGUCUUCAAAUACGAACCUGAAGCGACGAGAGUAGCAAAAAUACAGAGCCCAAAUAAGAAAAUCGAUAUUAAAUUACUCGAGACGGAUAAGGAGUGGGAUCAAUGGAUGGACACGGAAUUACCGUCACCCGAUAACGCCGAAUCAGGCCUAAUAUUGAUACUCGCAAGGAGGACAGGCCAGCAGACUCCGCCAAUAGGCCAAGACAUUAUCAACAAUGAAAAAACCUCAGAACCAGGGGAAUCAAACGAUCCCUUGCCGCCGAACCUCGGUGGGCGUCGCGGUGCCAGGGUGCUGCCUUUUUCGGUUGAAACUUUUCGUUCGAUAUCCAAUAAGUUCUGCCUACACAACUCCAUAGCGCGAGUGGUAAAUCGAGCCGACGUCCCUAUAUUUUCUCGUGAAGAACUUGAGAUGGGACAAUCAGGUGGCUCUAAAUACCCUGCAUAUGUUUAUAAUUGUCGGUCAACAAAUGCUUGGGAAAAGGAUCUCGCCCUGACGGCUACGCAUUUUCCCCACAUUGGUUUGACGUAUGCGAUGUUAUUUGGGUGUCCAAUAUCCGUUGAAGAUGAAGUGAUCAGGCGAUUGUCUUCUAUAGACACGGCGGCGAGCCACCCUUUAUUGAUGCCCGGAAUAUUCGCCGAGCUUGAGAGAAGGCGGCAUAUAGGCAUUGUUGAAGACUAUAUAGAUAAAAUCGAGGGGCUGAUCUUCGAGCUUGACUAUCAGGCCCCUGCCGGGCAGCAGGUAGAUGGUUCGAAGAGUGAACGCAGAAACAAGGAUAAACGGACGCAGUGGCUUGAUACGGUGUAUCUAAAGCACAAUCUUAUUAAUUGGAACACGCAACUGGGCAAGAUGGCUAAGCAUGCGGACGAGCUCAACGAUAUACUCUUCAAACCGGACGGUGGGCAACAAUCUUAUAAAGAGAGUAGUAGCCUCUCGAAUAUAAGUGCCGGUAAGGGUACCGACGAAACCAAGGUUUACAAUUGUGAGAUGAGAAAGAUCGGUACAAAGAUCAAUGACCGCCUUCAGAUUAUUAUCGAAGAGUACGAAGAGAAGGCCCGAGACUGCACCAUGCGGAUCGAUGGGAUGGCGAUGGCUACUCAAUGGUUCCAAGGAGAGACAAACGUCGAUAUAGCUCUAGCGACAAGGCGAGAUUCCCAGGACAUGCGGUCCAUCGCAAUAGUGACAAUGGUUUUUCUCCCAGGAACGUUUUUCGCUAGCUUCUUCUCCAUGCAGUUCUUUAACUGGUUUCCCGAUGCCGUUGGAGACACCGUCGUUUCACAGUAUUUUUGGAUAUUCGUCUUGGUGACUGCGAUGGGGACCCUACUAACAGUUGGAACGUGGUAUUAUAUUGCCGUUGUGGCCAGACGUGCCCAUCGACGAGAAGAGGGGUCGGAGAACGAUUUAUCUAAGCUUGUAUGAGGAAAUGUUAUAAUAGAGAGCCAAAGUAUUUUAAGGGAUGUGUCAUAGAUAUAUUAGACAACAAGUUUUUUUUAUUUUUAUUGUGUAUU